CACUACUAGAAGGUUAGGUUGAAAUAUUGCACGACAGAUGCACGUAAAGGAAUCACGUGGAAGACGCUACUAAUGCUGUACUUGUCGUCGCCGAUUUGUGCAUCGUCUAUCUAUUCCGACCCCCCUUCCGCUCCGAAUCCCGGCCUGUGUAUGACUUAGAACCCUUGGCAUGGCAUCUCUUCCAUCCCAGCUCUGAAAUCAACAGCUACGACACGGAACAGUUGAAUUCGUCCCCCCCCUCGUUCAUCAUGGUUCUCGAAACGACACCCAGGAAUUGGUACCGAGGCGAGUACUUGGUCUCUACCGAGCCGCAGCUGAUCCAAGUCGAGGCUGUCAAUGCGGCGAUGGAUUCGGAUUUGAUGUGGUGGGCGCAGGGCCUGCCAGGCGCGGAGAUUAAGAAGGCCCUGCAUAAUUCCCUGUGCCUCGGGCUCUACGUGCUACCUGAGGCUACCUCGCAGAUUGCAGGCCAAGGCGGCCCCCGCCAGGUUGGUCUCGUGAGGUUGGUGACCGACGACGUGACUUUUGCAUAUCUCACCGACGUGUACAUCCUUCCUGAGCACCAGGGCAAGGGCCUUGGUCGCUGGUUAAUGGAAUGUCUCGACGAGGUUAUCAAGGGCUGGGCCCAUCUGCGGCGCUUCAUGCUCCUGGUUAGCGACAAGAUGGACUUCUACCGCAAACACCUUGGCGCGAAGGACUGGAGCGAGUGUAACACAGCGGCCAUUUCUAUCGGCUUGAUCGAAGGUCCCGCAGUUAAACGCCCGGAACACUGAUAAUACCGCGGCUGUAGC